AUACAAUGAGAGCUAACUUAAACUAUAAUAUGUUAAACAGCUGUACUAACUGUUAUACAUAUUAUGUUCCCUUAUUAAGCAGCUACGUUAGAAUAAGCUUUUUAUUUCUUCUUUUUCACUUAUGCAAAAGUACAGCAUAGUGUACUUCCUUAUUGUACCCCUUCCCAUUUUAGUUUGGACUAUGCUGGACUUUCUGUCAGUAAAGAUAAUGUCUGAUUUGUUGAAUUUUAGUCUGUGUUGUGGCAAGUUGAAGUCUAAAGUUUAAGUUGGGGAGAUGAUCUUCCCGAGGGGAAGGUUGUGAAUUUGACAAACAAAGCCAUGUAGAGCUAAUGAAGACACUUUAAAUGCUCACAAAAUAAAUACAACAAUAUGGAUGCCUGCAGUCAUUGCACCUGGAACUCUUACCCAACUUCUCUCAGAUGUCAGUUUUACAUAAUAGGAUAAUCUUUGUUAGGUUGUGUCUGUUCAAAUAGGUUUUGAUGCCCUUCAUCAGAUUUGGACAUACAAAUAAAGAACUUAUAAUCAUGUGAUAUGUUUUAAAAGGUCUAUAGUAAUUUUCUAUGCCUUCUUAUGUUUGCCCCUUACAAAUUGACAUAACAAAGCUAGAGUAGACUUAUUGUUUGGCAGUAAACAACACCUGUGACUUGAAACCAUAAAUAUAAAAAAAAAAAAAAAGUUUUAUAUCUAUGCUAAUAUUUUUCCAUAGUUAGGCUACUGUUGUUUGCUGUUGGGAUUAGUCUGUGUCUUCCUCUUUUAUAAUAAAAUAAUGUGAGAAUUAUUUAUUUGACUUGUGAAAAGUAUAGUCUACACCGGCUUUUUUUCUAAGUUUUUACUUUCUAUUUAUUUUAUUUUGUGACAUGGUUUCUAGGGAAACAAAGGCGGGCGUUUCCGGUGAAUCAUCCAAUGAGGUGUUCUUGUUUAGAGGCGUGAUAUUUGAUUGGCUUUACGUGACUUCCUUGAAUCUUGUCGGCUGCCGCUCGAAGCCCGCGGUUUACAAAAACAAGGAACCACUGCUGGAUAUUGUGAAAUGGUAUAAAUAAAAUAAAGUCUUCUUUUUUCUCUAAACUAACCUGCUGGAAUGGUGUCAAAGUUGUGCAAACGCAACGGUGACGUUAGCUCGGAAUUAAGUCGUUGAAAUUGUAGCGGCAACCCUGCAAUUUCAGAACCAAACACCGCACGGCAUCGCUUUGUUACAACUGAAGUAAUGUUAGCAGAUUGCUAGCUAAUUAGCCAGAUAGCGCGAGGGAGGUAACGUUACCUUGUCAACUAGCGUCAACUGAAACUGCAGUGCCUUUUAUCCGUUGCUGUGCCUUAGUCGGAAACACGCCGCAGUUUCUUUCUACGUCUUGAGCUGGAUAACCAACAGCAAUGUCGCUGUCGACAGAGGCUCUAUUUGGGGUGAGCCAAAGCAGCAGACUUAAAAGAGACACUAUUUGUGGAAUGCCGGACCUCACCUCUGAUCGCCUGGAUGAUGACUUCGACCUAAAUAAAUCCUACCCAUGCACUCAGAGACCGUUGUACAAGAAGACACUGCAACGUCGUUAUUAUCCUGGUUACUUGAGAGGUGAAGGUUUGGAUGUUUUCACUUCUGUCGCAGCAAGAGACCUCCAAAUCUCUAGUUUACAUCCUGACUCUCACAUUUCUGCUGUCUCCCUGCCUCACCCGUCCACUACGUCAGAGACAGAGGAAAGCUUGUUCAGUCAGCUAGUCUCUGGAGAUUUUGACCUGUCGGGAUGCCCAGCUGCCCUCAACCCAAACAAAGUCCUUCUUACUGUCGACCAUAAAACCAGAGAGAUUUUGUCAGCAAAUGAACAGGCCUGCAAAUUGUUUGAAUGCAGCACCACUGAGCUUAUUGGAAAAAAGCUGUCCUGUAUCUUGAAGAAAACCAGUCAGGUCCUUGAGGAGGCAUUGGAAGAAGAUGUUCCACUUCUGGAUGGAACUGUUGCGGCUGUGUCUGGAAAAGUGGUAGAUGUUGUGACAUUAUCUGGAGACGUGCCAAUGUCAGUGUGUACCUACAGACGGUCACAAAAUGAGGAGCAUUGGCUUGUCAUGAUGGAAAGUGUGGAAAGGGUGUCAGCCUUUUUUUCCUUUUCACAAGAUGGCAAUGUCCUAACCUGUGACUUGGCGUUUGCCCAUCUCCAUGGAUACCACCACCCAGAUGAGUUAAAAGGGAUGUCUGUGAAGGAGCUGAUCCCCUCCUUACAAAUCCCCCUGCACAGUAAUACGUUGCCCAAAAUGCUGAGGGUUCAGAGAGUGUGGGGUAAAAGCAGAGGGAGUGCAUCAGUCCCGCUGCUUGUCAAACUUCAGGGGGCAGUGCUAUGUGGGAAGCCCCAACACCAAAACAAUGGGACUGGGUGCACCUGUCCAACAAAGAGUUUCGGCAGAACAGAUGCACAAGACAGUCAGCCAUGCUCUCCUCUCCCCUCCCCUGUGUGCAAGUCAGAAGGCUCAAACCCUGGACUGCCAUCCUCAGAAGUGAAAGUGGACAGCAUUGUCCUCUCCCCCUGCCCUGCACUGGAGUACUCCGGGACAGUUUGGGUGUAUGCUCCUCUGAGCGGUCUCCUCCUGCUCCACCCUGAUGGCUCAAUCUACAGCAUCCACAACCAUCUGGCUCUCACGCUGUUUGGCUAUGACAAGGACGAGCUGCUGACAAAGAGUGUCACUUUUCUGAUGCCUGGUUUCUAUGGAUGGAUGACUAACUCCGACAGAGAGGCCAGCCCCUUCCCUGAUUCUCAAGCAGAGGGCAAUAAAAGUACAGCCUCAUCUAAAAUAUCAGGAAAAAAUGACCCUUCCUCACUGGUGGCUGGUGAUAUGGCCACAGUGCAUCAGGCUGUCCUGGGAAGAACAUCCACAGGUAGAGGCAAGAUGUUCACUGGCACCGGCACCAGGCUGGAGAAACAGGGCAGCAAUUUGUCAACACUUUCUCUUCCUGCUGUCACCUCCACACGAGUGGUUAUGGCUGAUGACACUACAGAGCUGAUGGAGGAGGCAGCCCAGGUUGCUUUCUGCACUAGCCAGCUAGACAUUGCUGAUACCACUCAGGCAUUCCUCAAGACAUUUGCCUGGGUGGAACCUCCAGAAGGAGAGACCUACUGCCUGGUUUCCACUGAACAGCAGCUUGAAGACAUUCCCAGUCAUAAUGGACAUGCUAUUGGCAGGGUGGGUGGCACCGCACCGGAUGUAGGCAAAGACCACCGCUCAUGUGCCCCUGUGCUCCAAGACUCCAGCUUUGAGGUCAUCUCAAUAGAGAGCAGGUCGUCCUCUGGCUUCUGUGAAAAGUUUGCCGUCCAUGGUGGUUCUGAUCCGGGCCAGGCAAUGGACUCCCGGUCAGCACACAUAGUGGAUUCACUCAGCUGUUUCCUCGACCUUAACAGCAAUGGGGAACUGGUGACCCACGCCCUGGCCGAGCUAGAUCUGAGUGAUAGCAUAGAGCUUCUUAGCGGCGGAGGGUACAACAAUGACAACCAAAACUCCCUGACAUCCUGCGAUACAGCUGAGCUCCUGCGUACACCCUCCCCAUGCGUAGUAGAGUCGGACCAGGAAGCAGAGCCCGUUGAGACUGAUGUCAAUGCCAGAAACAACUCAAAAGAAGAGCAAGUAGAAGACAAUCACAGGGAGCAGCAUCAGUGGCCUUCUCUUUCUUCAAUUCAUAAAGAAAAGAGCCAAGAGGUCUGCACGCCAAUGAACGGUGGAAGUCAGCCAACACCCGACAUUCCUGCCACGUCUACGCCUAAGAAACAGAAGGUGAAUGGAAACACCCUGUCCUCAGACACUACACAGAUACUGGAGGGGCGAUACGAAGGAAGCGCUUACCACAGAGAUGGCACGAGAGUAGAUGUGCAGUGUGAUGUGUGCAGGACUAACCUCCCUGAUGGUCGCUCCAUGUUCUGUGUGUGGAUGAGUAUGCGUGGCCAGCAGGGGGCACUGUUGCAAACAGAUCGAUCACAGCACGACCAAUCAGGAGUUAGUCUGGGAGAGAGGAUUUGUGAGGCUUUGCACUCCACCAUGGAUCUUGAGAAGUCUCGAGCCUGUGACGGGCAGUUUGAAGAAGAGUACCAGCCUCUCAACCCUGUGGGUAAAGGAGCCUUUGGUUUUGUCUGGGAGGCAAUGAGACGCUCUGAUGGAUUAGAGGUGAUAGUGAAGUUUAUUAGGAAGGCCAGGAUAGUGAGUGAGUGCUGGGUAGAUGACCCCAUGCUGGGACGGGUCAGCCAGGAGAUUGCCAUACUGACACGAGUACAGCACCACAACAUAGUCAAGGUGCUGGAGGUGUUUGAGAAUGGGUAUUACUUCCAGAUGGUGAUGGAGAAACAUGGGGAUUGCUUGGACCUUUUUGAUUUCAUAGACAUGCAACCAAGACUGGAUGAACCCCUGGCCAGCUACAUCUUUAGACAGCUGGUGGCUGCUGUCUUCUAUCUGAGGAAUAAGAACAUCCUUCACAGGGACAUAAAAGAUGAGAACAUCAUCAUCGACAAAGGUUUCCACAUUCGACUGAUAGACUUUGGCUCUGCUGUCAUGAUGGCUCCCAAGAAGCUCUUUUACAACUUCUGUGGCACACUGGAGUACUGCUCCCCGGAGGUGCUUCAGGGAAAUCCCUAUGAGGGUCCGGAGCUGGAGAUGUGGUCUCUUGGUGUAUUGCUCUACACUCUGCUAUUCAGUGAGAACCCUUUCUGUGGUGUGGGAGAGAUCCUGCAUGCCAAAUUAAAGCCCCCAUUCCCCCUCUCUCCAGACCUGCAUGAUGUGUUGUGUGGGCUGCUGCACCCUGAUCCUGCUCAGAGACUGACUCUGGACCAGCUACUGCUGCAGUCCUGGAUCAGCCAGCCCAUUUCCCUGGCAGAGUACAGCUGGACAGAGGUUGUUCCUGCAACUAACACCUACCGCUCACCACAGCACGAGUCCAGUCCUAAAGCGUUUGUCAGACAAGGCUUGUUCCCGGAUGAACAUGAUGAGACUCUUCCUGAUGACGAGGAAGAUGACGAUGACAGGUUGUCAAUGGUUGCCCUGGAAACAGAGCUUCAGAAGUACCUCCAUGAAGAUUAAAGACUGAAUUUAAAGGGAAUGGAGGCCAAGCACCCAUCCAACAUUUGGUAUCAUGAAGUAGCCUACCCCCCCCCCCUUUUUUUUUUUUCUUUUAUCUAUUUUAUUUGUUUUUUUGGAUUUAUGUAAAAUUGAAAGCAUUAAAAAUUGUUGUACAUGAUCACAGGGAUCCAGCUUUACCACUAAACCACAUAAGUGAGCACAACCUCAAGUUGUUUAUUUCAGAGAAACGACAGAAAACUUAGGUUGAAGUUGGGGGUAAUUGUUUAAUGUCUUUUUGUUCAUAAUUUUAAUCUUGAGUGUUUUAAUUAAGAAUUGUAAAUAUUUUAUCUAUUUAUUUUAUUAUAUAGCAAUAAAUAUUUGAACAUAAGUGUGUUGUUACUUUUUAUAUGAUUAAGGAGUUGCCUGUUAAUCGGAACGAUCAAAAGUUUGUCAUGCAAACAUUAUAAAUCGUGUACUGGAAUGUACUAUUUAUGUAGCAAGUAAACAAAGUAAAUCAUUAAAUAACAAUGCAAGAAAGUUUCA